AUGUCGAAUUGGGAUAAAGCUUUGAAAUUCCAUAUUGCUCACCAGGCAGGAGACUUCCUUUAUCAGAGUCAUAUUUAUCAGAAAGCUAUUGAUCUGUACAAAGAGGCUCAAGUCUUGUUGAACGAAUGUGGACUUGAAGUUGAAUCUUUCAAUUUCGGUCAAAUGUUGUUGCAUUACAAACUAGCCCUUUCAUACGUAGGUCUAAAUGAUUUUACGGAAGCAUUGGAAAGCUACCGGAGGCUUUUACGAGUCAACGAAGGAAUUGGGAAUAAAGACUGGGAAGUAAGAGCAUAUAGAGGCAUCAGUGACAUUCACUGUUCAAUGGGUCAACACGUUCACUCGAUUUUAUUUUUAAGGAAAUUACUUCAAGUUGCAAAAGAAACUGGGAACAAACGGGAUGAAAUAGCAGCCUAUGCAACAAUGGGAGAUUCUUAUUACUCUCUGGGUAAGCAAGAUUUAUCCAUCAAGUGUCAAAAUGACGCGCUGAAAAUCUGCGAGGAGAUUGGAGAUAAAGAGACGGAAGGAGAUAUACUUCGUGAGCUUGGUGGCAAAUACAGAAACCUCGCUCGUUACCCAGAAGCAAUCAGAUACCUGGAGAAGUCCUUAGAGAUAUUCAAAGAAAUUGGCAAAAGCAGAAAAGAGGGAUAUUCGUAUCAAUAUCUUGGAAUGACUUAUCACGAGAAGGGGGAUUACAACAAGGCAUUAGAAUGUCAUUUUCAGUCACUGCGCCUGAUGGCAGAACAUGGAGAUGAGGUCGAUGCAGGUGUUUGCUACAAUAACAUUGGCACGACAUAUAAUGCAAUCUCUCGGAACAAUGACGCACUAGCUUACUUCAAAACAUCUCUUGAAAUUAUGAAAAAAUGUGGAUCCAAAGAGCAAUUAGGACUAGCCCAUCACAGCCUUGGUCUAUGCUACACUCCACUCGGUCAGUUUGCAAAAGCCUUGGAACACCAGGUUGAAGCUGUAAAUAUUCUAGGAGAAACUGGGAACAAACUCCGCGUGGGUCGAGCUCAUAAUCUUCUAGGUAACAUAUACAAUGCAAUUGGCCAGAAAAAGGAAGCUAUGAAUAGUUUUACUGAAGCUAUUAGAUGCAGUCAGACAAUUGGGGAUAGGAGAAGUGAAUCAGGUUCCUACCUUGGUCUCGGGGAUGUAUGUAUUUGCCUGGGAAAUCCUGGUGAGGGAGAGGAGUAUACAAAGAAGGCUCUUAGACUUACUAAGGAAACUGGAGAUAAAUACAACGAGGCCAUGAGCUACGGCAGUCUGGGGUUCUGCUACAUGUGUUGCGGUCGAUUUAAAGAGUCUAUAGAGAACUUCAACUUGGGGAUUUCUAUCAUGCAAGAAUUAAAUGAUAAAAGAGGCGAAGCUACAGCUUUGAUUAAUCUUGGAUCAGUUUACGAGACCCUUGGCAAUCUGAAGAAAGCGAAGCAAAUCCUGCAGAAAGCCCUAAAAAUUACAAGAAACAUUGGAGAUACAGGAAAAGAACACGAGGCUCUUACCUUUCUCGGGAUUUGUAAUAGGAGAGAGGGAGAGCUAAAGAAAGCACAUGAUUUCUUUUCUGAGAGCAUUACUUGCGCCGAAAGAAACCGUGAACUGCUGCGCGACGAACAUAAACUUUCACUGGACAACAUGACCUUUACCAGCUAUUACGAAUUAUGUUCGCUUCGUAUCAGUCAGGGACAUUUUGCCGAGGCGCUGUGUACCGUAGAGCGCGGACGUGCACGAGCUCUCGGCGACUUACUGUCCAAGAAAUAUGGCAUCCAAAGACACAAUUCACACGAAUUUUAUCUUAAUUGUCUCAGGAAUCUUUCCAUCAAGAACCCGAGUACGAUCCUCUUCAUGGCUACGCAUCGGUUUGACAAAUAUUUCUGGGUUUUGGAGGGUGGAGAAAUUCAAUUUAAGUCUUUGAAAUGUAAAGUGGCGAAGGACGCCAUAGAGUUGCUCAAGAGUUUGCUAAGAGGGAAAUCUGUGCCUGAAUGCGAAGAUCGCUCAUUGUCAGCAUACUAUGGAUUAAAAUCAUCAUCUAGGGAAAUAAAAGGCAAAAGCAGGCAGCGUCUCGUAGAAGAAGAGGAGGAAGAGGAAGAAAAGGAGGACACUAACCUCUAUCAGUGGUAUAAUGAUAUUUUCGCCCCUAUCGCUGAUCUUGUUCAUCGUCAAGACAUCAUCAUCAUCCCAGAAGGAGAGGAUUUUAUGGUGCCAUUUUGCGCAUUAUGUGAUCACAACGACAAAUUCCUGUCAGAGACCUUCCGGAUCCGCCUGAUUCCAUCACUGACAGCACUAAGGAUGAUCCAGGACAGUCCUGAAGAUUACCACAGUAUAACUGGGGCAUUGAUCGUUGGUAAUCCCUCUGUUCCCCCACAAACAAAGUUACCAUCACUGCCGGGAGCAAGAAGAGAAGCACUGGAAAUUGCAGAAUUGUUGGGUGUGUCGCCUACUGUGGGAGACGAAGCCACCAAAAAGCACGUUCUCCAACGGAUUCGGGAAGUCAGCUUGAUCCACAUUGCUGCCCACGGUGAUCCAGAAAGAGGGGAAAUUGCUCUUGCCUCAAGUUUUCCAUCCAGACGAAGUCCAAGGAAGGAUGACUUCAUGCUUACCAUGGAAGACGUCGCAAAAGUUGGUACCCGAGCCAAGCUGGUUGUACUCAGCUGUUGUCACAGUGGCAAGGGACAGAUUAUGAAAUCAGAGGGAGUUGUGGUUGUGGGUAUCUCUCGCGCCUUUUUGGCAGCGGGAGCUCGCUCAGUGCUGGCUACCCUGUGGGCCGUGGAUGACAGAGCCACGAAAGAGUUCAUGAUUCGUUUCUACGGACAUCUUAAGCGCGAUAAACUGAGUGCUAGUGAGGCCCUUCACCAGACCAUGAAGUGGAUGAGAGAUUCCAAGAGAUACAGAGUCAAUGAGUGGGCACCAUUUGUUCUGUGCGGAGAUGACGUCAAUCUGGACUUAUAAAAAGGUGUUAUACCUUUGAACGGAACAACGAAAACAAUCUUUCAUCGAAUCCAAAACAUUAACUACUCUUCUGAUGGUGUAUGUACGUUUUAUCAUUUAAGCUGGCAUUUCGAGAGUAACAUGCAGUUGUUGAUGAUUUGUCAUAGCUUUCAGCAAACAUCGAGAAAUCAUUAACUGAUUAAGAUCAAGAUGAAUCUUUUCUUAUUGAUUUUGUUGAUGGUGAUGUUCUUUAUUUUUUCUCAGACGUUCGACCUAACGUGAGGUCAAAAACUUUUAGCGAUAGUUCUAAAAUUGUUUCGAGGUUAUAAUUACAGCAAACCUCGAUAUCGUACAAAACUUAUAGCACAAAUAGCAUUAUGCAGUCCUAUGCAAAUUUUAGUUGGUUAAUUUGGAGCACAAUAGCGAGAAGUCUGCCCAAACCAAGAGUCCCAAACGGACCUUUUUAUUCAAAAUUAUGUUGCGAAUUUUCCAAGAACAAUUUUUCUGAUGAUAAGUUUUCAACAUGAUGUAUAGUAACCUACAUCAUUUUAUCUUUGCAGUUAACGUUGAAGCAAGUUAAGCAAGGAAUGUGCAAAUCCUGCGACAACAAAAAAUUAGCUUGUCUUUGACUACUCAAGUAGUUUCUUUUGUGAAUUUUAAUGUAGGUAGAAAACUGCGAUAAGUUUGUUAUAGAGCCAAAAUACGCAAUCAGUCAUUUUUUAUUGGAGAAGGACGAAGUUAAUUUGCUUGAAAUCGCAUGAGCCAGUAAUUAAGUUGUGUUAACCCUUUAACUACCGGGAGUGAUUGAAACGUUACU